AUGGCGAUGGCGGGGAGCAUCGAGUAUCUCCAGCAAUUCGUGGAGGAUACGUCAAUGUUCAACAGCAUUGUGCUGUCGAAUCUGCUUCCCGCCACCUGGUGGGCUCCACUCCCUCACUUCCUCCAGACCUGGCUCCGUAACUACAUCGCCGGCACCAUCCUCUACUUCAUCUCCGGCUUCCUCUGGUCCUUCUACAUCUACCACCUCUACCGCAACGUCUACAUCCCCAAAGAUGCCAUACCUUCCAAUAAAGCAAUGCUGAUGCAAAUCUAUGUUGCUAUGAAAGCCAUGCCGUGGUACACUCUUCUUCCAACUGUGUCCGAGCACUUGAUCGAAAAUGGGUGGACCAAGUGUUAUUCUGGGAUAUACGAGGUCGGGUGGAUUCUCUACUUUUGCUAUCUUGCCAUAUAUCUCAUUUUUGUGGAGUUUGGGAUUUACUGGAUGCACAGAGAACUCCAUGAUAUUAAACCUCUGUACAAGUUACUUCAUGCAACUCAUCACAUCUACAACAAGCAGAAUACUCUGUCUCCAUUUGCUGGUUUGGCCUUCCAUCCAGUUGAUGGGAUCCUGCAAGCAUUGCCACAUGCACUAGCUCUCUUUGUAAUUCCGACCCAUUUUCGGACCCAUAUAGCUCUAUUGUUCCUCGAAGCCGUGUGGACAGCGAACAUUCACGACUGCAUUCAUGGGAAGCUGUGGCCUGUGAUGGGUGCUGGUUACCAUACCAUUCACCACACUACUUACCGUCACAAUUACGGGCACUACACCAUUUGGAUGGAUUGGAUGCUAGGAACCCUAUGUGAACCUGAGGAAGAGAAGUACGAGAAGGUGAAUUAA